ACGGCACAGCUCGGCACGGCUCGGCUCGGCACGGCACGGCACGGCUCGGCACGGCUCGGCGCCGCCGCGGGAGCCCGCGCUGGGCUGCGGCGAACUCCGGCCGCGCAGGGGCCGCUCGGCCCGGUGGCCGCUGCCCGGCGGAAGCGGAAGCCGAAGCCGGGCCGGGCGGUACAAGCGGGCGGCGGCGCUGCCGGCAGCAGAUCGUGCUCGGCGGCGGGCAAAAAUGUCUGCAGCAUGCAGCUUCGUUGCACUCCACACUGGGCAGAAGAUGCCUCUCAUAGGACUGGGAACUUGGAAAAGUGACCGUGGCCAGGUGAAAGAGGCGGUGAAAUAUGCCCUAAGUGUGGGUUAUCAGCACAUCGAUUGCGCAGCAGCGUACAGCAAUGAAGCAGAGAUUGGUGAGGCUUUCCACGAAUGCCUUGGGCCCAAUAAGGUUAUUAAGAGGGAGGACCUGUUUGUAACAUCAAAGCUCUGGAAUACCAAGCACCACCCAGAUGAUGUGGAGCCAGCACUAAGGAAAACACUUGGAGACUUGAAACUGGAUUACCUGGACCUGUACCUCAUGCACUGGCCUCAUGCCUUUGAACGAGGGGACAAUCUCUUCCCAAAGAAUCCUGAUAACACGAUGCGUUAUGAUUACACUGAUUACAAGGAUACCUGGAAGGCUAUGGAGAAGCUGGUAGAAAAAGGUCUCGUGAAAGCCAUUGGGCUGUCAAACUUCAACAGUCGUCAGAUUGAUGAUGUACUAAGCGUGGCUACUGUCAAACCAGCUGUGCUCCAGGUGGAAUGCCAUCCUUACCUAGCUCAGAACGAGCUGAUAGCUCACUGCCAGAAACGAGGACUGGUUGUCACUGCCUACAGUCCUCUCGGUUCUCCAGAUCGCAUGUGGAAAAAUCCAGAUGAACCUGUGCUUCUAGAAGAACCUGGGAUCAAAAAACUGGCAGAAAAAUACAGCAAAUCACCUGCACAGAUCAUCCUCAGAUGGCAAGUGCAGCGUGAAGUGGUUGUCAUUCCCAAGAGCGUCACUCCUGCUCGCAUUCAGCAGAAUCUCCAGGUGUUUGAUUUCAGCCUCACAGAAGAGGAGAUGAGCCACAUUGGAAGCCUGAAUAAGAACUGGCGUUACAUUGUGCCAAUGAUUACGGUGAACGGAAAGCUAGUAGCAAGAGAUGCUGGACACCCCCAUUAUCCCUUUAAUGACCCCUAUUAACUACUCAGGAAUAACAUGCUUCUCUGCACCUUCUCCCACAAAGUAAUUCUUGCCACAAUUUGUCAAAAAUCCUGCCCAAAUAAGGCCUUCCUUCCCGAGUAGAUUUACUUACAAUGUACUGCUUCUAAUUGACCUUCUUUCUGGAGAUCCUGUAGCUUCCACGUCAAACUUUGUGGAUUGAUUACAAUGAGUGCAAGCUCGUUCCUGGAAGCAUCAAAUCUUUCGUGAUUUAGAUAAGAAGAGCAGGGGAGGCGAAGUCAAGUUCCAAACACAUAAUUAUCAGGUUAGGGCAAUACUUUGGCUUUACUGCCUGUGAAACAGUUUUGAAAUCUUCAGUUAUUACCAUGAGGAAAAACAAAAAGAAGAGGGAAAGGCGUGAAAGCGUUUUAAGACUAAACAACUCCUCAGCCGUUUACUUUGAUAUCUUUAUUAAUAUUUUUAUACAGGGAAUUAACUGAAAUGUGCUACAGUUGUGCUAUGUCUGUAAGCCAUUCAUUAAAACCCAAGUAACCAGCCAUGCCCAGUGCUUUUUAUCACCUUUAGAGUACUUGUGGGACUUAGAAAUCUCUCUUCUCUGUUUUCUUUUUAAUUUGCCUGUAGAUUUGAGGAGAAUAAAUGCAUACCCUGGAGCAGGCCUUCGGGGCAGUCAUCUCUGCUUGUCACUUGGAUAGGUUUCAGCUCUGGCAAUAGCUCUGAUUGUCCCAUCACAAAAGCCUCAGGAACUUUUUAGAAAACCUUGUAGGAAAACGUCCUGCUUUUACUGUAGAGUUGCCCGGUGUCCCUGUGCCAAAGAUGUCCAGUUUGAGUUGUGGAAGGUCCCAAAAUUAGUUCCUGACUAUACGGUAAGAGCAAAGACCUGUCAGAUGGCCGCUUCCAUUCUGAUGUUGCAUUUUUGGCUGCCGCUUGGGAGAACUGGACCUGUCUCCUGCUGCCGACCUGCUGGUACCACUGGGCAAGGCAAGUCCGUUGUGUUCUGUGCCUCUGUCUUCCCAUUUGCCACGUCUCUGUGUUGCUCCCUGACAGGAACUAAUUUACUGAGCGCUGAGCAGCUCCAGCACUAACAACGUUUUGUUUGAGUCUCUUAAUGGAUUGUGGAGCCACCUGAGUACAAAGGGCAUGAGGUGUUAGCACCUACCCAUGCUCUGAGGGUGAUACCUUCUGUGGCCUUAGCGAUGUUAACACUUUAUUUUGUGUUUUUCUACCUGUAAAAUAGGAUUAAUGCCCAUUUGCAUAGACACAGACAGGAUAGCAAGGCAGAGUUUCUAAAGGCCUCUUGGAUUUAAAGCAAAGGAACUCUUUGAGAUCUGUUGAUGCCAAACACGGACAGUCAUGAGCACAACUCCAUUUGCUGAUGGAUAAAGAAAGCGUAACUGACUGUAAGUGAAAUAAACAACACUUUUUAAUCUCAUAGCAAUAGCGAAGAUAGAAGAAUAAUCUUCUGUAUUCAGAUGGCUCAACAAUUAAGAACCGGAUUAUUUUAGUUUUAAUAACCUCAUUUAUAGUAGGCCUAUAGUAAAACUGUGUAUUCACCUUGAGUGUAAUGGCUCCUCGAGUAUUUCCUGCCCUGGGCCUCUCCGUGUGCAAACCUGCUUAUCACUCUUUGUAAUCCUUAUGUAAAACCUCAUGAAUUUCUGUUCCUCAGUGGAGUGUUUCCCAAUUCCUGCUGAAUUUACUGCAGUGGUGAAAGCCACUCCAGCUCAGUUAGGAUUCUUUACUAAACUGGAUUUUUCCUUCUAAGGGAAAUGCAAUCCCUGUUGUUUUGUUAUUAUUCUAAUCAAACAUGGGUGACUUUGAAUACGGUUCUUCCUGCCAUCACUAGGGAAGCAGUUUAACUUUGAAUGUGCUGUGUAGAAUGUUAACAGCAGUCCUGCCAGGAACGGUGGCUUUUGUUGCAUGUCGUAAAUAAAUGCUGUAUGCAUUGUA